UCUCUGCUGGACUGGAGGAUCCACACUGCAGACUGGAGAAACUCAAUGGUACUGGGUCAGAAUGUCUGGAGUGUGACUUACACCAAGAAAAGUAUCUGUGCCUUGAAGGGGUCAACAGUGGAGCUGCACUGCUCUUAUACAUAUCCCAGUGGUACAGUCACAACAACCCUCUGGUUCACUGAAUCUGGGACUGGUAAAGAACCUAAAGAUCUAGGUCAGGACCCAGAGUAUGCAGGUCGUCUGGAGUGUCAUGGAGAUCAGAAGAAUUGUCACACACUGAGGAUCACAGACCUGAGAGAGAGUGACUCUGCUGAGUACAAGUUCAGAUUAUUAACAGAUCAGACCGGAGGGAAAUAUAUUGGCAGUCCUGGAGUCACUCUGUCUGUCACAGAUGUUGUGUUGGAGAUGGAUCCUACAUCUGUGUCAGAGAGGGAGAAUGUCACACUGAUAUGUAGAACCAAAUGUACACUGGACCCCAUCACAGCCUACAGUUGGUAUAAGAAUGGACAGCCUAUACCAAACAGCAACACCUCCUCUCCUGUCUAUAGCCUAUUCUCAGUCAGCAGUGAGGAUACAGGCCGAUACUCCUGUGCUGUAGAAGGCCAUGAGGAUCUCCCCUCUGCUGAAGAGACUCUCACUGUCACAUAUGGUCCAAGGAACACCUCAGUGUCAGUCAGUCCCUCUGGUGAAAUAAUGGAGGGCAGUUCAGUGACUCUGACCUGCAGCAGUGAAUCCAACCCACCUGUGGACAAAUACACCUGGUACAAGAAGAAUGUUACCUCACCAAAAGCAUCAGGACAGAGUUACAGCAUCACUAACAUCAUCUCUGAGGACAGAGGAGAAUACUACUGUGAGGCUGAGAAUACAAUAGCAUCUAAUAACUCUACAGCUCUGAUGAUCAUUAUAGCAGAGAAACAAACCUCAGUUCUAACUGCUGCUGUAGGAAUCAUAGUGGUUGUUCUGGGUGUCAUACUGGCUUCAUGUCUCUCUGGCUUCAUGUGGUUCAGGAAGAAGGCCUCCAAAUCCACCUUUGACACAAGACACACAGCAGACGACGGACAGGGAGACUCUAGUGCAGUGUAUGUCAACAUCUCAGGCAUGGCCAUGACCCCUGCUGCAGCACAGACAGUGGCCACCUUCGACCAGGAACAGGACGAGGAUGUCCAGCCCACGGUGGAACAAGCAGCUGAGGAGGACCCCUCUGUUCUCUACAGUACAGUCAACAAACCCAGAACCAAGAAGACCUGAACACAACAAACCCAGAACCAUGAACACAACAAACCCAAAACCAAGAAGACAUGAACACAACAAACCCAGAACCAUGAAGACAUGAACACAACAAACCAAGAAGACAUGAACACAAC